AUGAAGCGUGGUCUUAUGACCGAUUUUAUGGACGUUGUGUCCCGCGACCACCCACAUGUAGCUUCGAUACUUCCAAACUUUCUUCGUCCUCUUAGUCCACACCUCCAUCCACCCAAAAAUUUGCCAUUGUUCCCUGUUGUGAUACCCCAGCCAAAGCAGGGAACCUGGAUUAUCGAUGAAAGUGUCGCUCCCGUCGACCCAUCUCAGGAUCCUUUCUAUACACCAGAUCCUUCCCUUUACGAGCAUCUCGAGAACGGUGAUAUCAUAGCAAUUCGACGGGUUGGCCUUAGUGCUGUUCUGUCCAAUGCUUCUACUUCCUACCAGAUCAGUUUCCGAAGCGAGUCCACUAGUGGCUCACCAACUGCUGAUCUCACUGUCCUUAUCAUCCCUGACCAUUACGAUAACAAAACGCUGUUGUCUUAUCAAGAAGCUGAGGAUUCAGCAUUUUUGAAGUGUGCCCCAUCUUACUCCGUCGCAUCCGGUGAUAACGAUCCCCUCAUGAACUUGGCCUUGAACGAAGGCUGGGCUCUCAAUAUACCCGAUCAUCAAGGCAUUUCUUCAGCCUUUGCUGCAGGAAUAUAUUCUGGGAAAACAACGCUUGAUUCUAUACGAGCAGUAAAAAAUGCUGAAUCCAUGCUUGGCUUCAGUUUUGAAAAUCUCGGACUACAUGGAUAUUCUGGGGGCUCGAUUGCAACAGGGCACGCGCUUGAGUUACAGCCAAGCUACGCGCCAGACGUCACAUUAACAUGUGCUGCAGUUGGUGGAUACAUUGUAAAUCUCACCUCUACAUUUGAAACUAUCAAUGGCGGACUCUUUGCAGGCUUUUGCCCCCCUGCUCUAAUUGGUCUCAGCACAGAAUACCCUGAACUGGAUAAAAUGUUACAAACAGCCUUUCGACCAGGAUAUCGAGAUAGAUUCUACAGUUCAAUCCACAACUGUGCCAGCGGUGAUCUCGCCAACUUUCUCGGCCAGGACAUUUUCACGUACGUUACAGCCGGCAACUCCUUCCUGUACAACAGUACUGUUCAAGACGUGCUGAACGAAAAUUCACUAGGAAAAGUAGCCCCGAGUAUUCCACUUUUUGUAUACCAUGGCGUUCGGGAUGAAAUCGCGCCCAUUGCUGAAGUGGACAAAGCGGUUGACUUUUACUGUCAGAGUGGUGCUCGCGUCGAGUAUUCACGCCAAAAUAGCUUGGCUCAUCUCACAACUGCCGUUAUGAGUACCCAAGAUGUUCUUAAUUACUUUAAACGCACUUUUGAUGGACAAUUGCCCGCCAACUGUGCCUCUCACCAAGAUGCGAUUGACCCGCACCAGCAUUCACCGUCACUAAAGGACAUAUCCACUAUGAUCUCGCGGUACCUUUAA